AUGUUCGCGUCGCUCUCCGGCUCCGGCGCUGGCGCUUUCACCGCCCCUGGCGGCGACAUUGCUCACGGCGACGCGCUUCGGAGAUCCGCCUCGGAUCGCGGCGCUUCCGCCGCAAUCCACGUUCCUGCCACGUGGUCGUCCGCGCUGACGCGCGCUGGAAGCUCCACGAUGGACGUGUUCAGCGGCUCGCCGAGAGAAAGUGUUCCGUACACCGCAACGACACAUAGCGAUCGCUUUAGUCACGCUCACUACAAUCACAUCGGUGGGCACGAGAAGCCCGUCGGGAGCAAUGCGGGGUCGUCGGCUCAGGGGAGCUCGCAGCUGUUCGGCCAGAGCCCGACGACCGACCCGCGUUCAUGGCACGAACGCAGCAACCACAGCAAAGGCCAAGAGUCUCUCCUGUCGAGGCAUCUACUAUCGCGUACGCUGCUCCCGGGCGCUUCGCGGUUCGAAUCCGACCGUGGCGACGCGGCUCCGUCUCUCUUCGCCAAGCCUGCCGCGCCGUUGGCGGUGGGACAGAAUCAUCACCCCUUGAGCGACGCUGCGCCGUCGGGAACAAUUGCCGGCGCAUCCGCGGAGACCGCCGCAUUGCACUCCGGCCAAUGCGGCGUGGCUGAAGGAGGAGACGGCGGGGGGAGCGGUGCUCCGAACAACACGUCGGCGCGGGGAGCGUCGAAAUACCCGCCCGUCCGUCCCCGCAGGAAGCGGAAGCCCGUGGCGCACGCGGGGAGCCGGUCGGUGGUGGCGGCGGACGGGUACUUCUGGCACAAGUACGGGCAGAAGAGCGUCAUGGACCGCGCCAUCACCAGGGCGUACUUCCGGUGCGCGCGGCACAGCAUGGGAUGCAUGGCACGCAAGACCGUAGACGUCCCCAUUGCUACAACCCCAGCCGCUACAGCCUCCGCUCCGUCCGUCUCAGCAGCUGCAGCGUCGCUCGCUACAGCCGAUGGGAGCAUCGCCGAGCCCAGUGACGCCACCCCCGCCUCCAGUGCAGCAGCACUGCAGCCCCAGGUGUCGUACCAUGGGACUCACAACCACAGCCAGCCCGGCCCCUGCUCUCUCAGCCUCCCCAACUGCGUCGCCUCUGCUGCCUCAGCUGCAGCGGCGGAGGGAGACAUGCAGGUGCCUGUAUCUGCUUCGCCCGGGGCAGAGGGGGCCGACGGUGCUGCUGCGGUGGUCCCUGUGAGCCGGGCGGAUCACCAGAGAAGACCGGCUGUGGCAGAAUCAGCGGAGGUGGCUGUUGGCAGUGGCACGGGUGCGGCUGAUGCGGCUUCUGCUGUGGCCCCACUCGGCCUGACCCACCGCCUGAGUCUCAACUCCACUGUCUCCGUCGACCGCGUGCCACUCUCACCCGCCUCCGCUGCUGCCCACCCCGCCCUCGCACUCACCCUCGCCACACCCACCACGGCGCACGAUCUACCUGCAGCCACACCAGCAGACACCCAGAGACCCAGUACUGCGGAAGCAGCGGCGGCGGCUGCGGCGGAAGCAGGGGACUCGGGCAGCUGCACGGACGAGCCGAUGACGGAGCAGUCGAAGCAGAGCCCUGCGGGCACACGGGGGUCCAUGGAGGUGGGGUCCAUGCGUGCUGAAACCCGCCUUGCGUGCUCGCCUCCUACAUCUGCCAGGUCACACUCGGUGGAGGCGCAGCCUGAGGAGAAAGGCGACGCGGCACAGAGAGGGGGCAAUGGGGUGGGACAUCAUGGAGAAGAAAGAGCCAUGGCUGGUGCAUUGCUCCCUCAUCCCUCCGCUGCUGCUUCUGCUGUUGCUGGGAGUCACCCCUCUAUAUCGGCAGCGUUUGCUGCCGCUGCCAGUGCCGCUUCUUCUGGUCCAGCCUUUGCGCUCCCAUCCACAGGCCCUGGAAACCCGUGGGCCAUGUUGCCUCCUCCUGGCACCAGCGUCCCUGGCACCAUCCCUCCUGGCGCCACCACCACCAGCAGUAGUUUCCAUCAUCUGCCUCUGCCUGCACUACCCAUGCCCAUGCAGACACACGCUGCCACUGCCACCCAUCUCGCCUCCAUGGCUCACGCAUGGGGCCAUCACUCCCACCCCUCGCUCCCCUCUGCUGCUUCUGCAGUUCCUCUUUCCCCUCUUGGCCACCACUUGCCCUCUGGGAUGGUAGGAAUGCCCUCCAUGCACCCACCAGCACCGCUCUUCAACCCCUUGCACCGCAGCCAUGUACCAGCUGUCAGUGGGAGUGCGUUCUCCUAUCCUUCCCCUCAACUCCAGGCAGCACAGGUGCAGGCACAGAUGCAAGUACAAGCACAGAUGCAAUUACAGGCACAGCUGCAAGCUCAGCAACAAGCACCACCAGUCCAUCAGUUCCAGGCACAGCCACCACCAGGCUCAGCUGAUCCUGUUGCUAACUCCCAUACCCCCUUCAAUUUUCGCUCUGCAAGUUAUCCUCAGUUGUCCACCUCUAAGCCUCUACUGCACCAUGGGCCAUCUGCUCCUGGCGAAAGCACAGAAUACCAUGGAGGACGUGAUGUCGAUGAGUCAGCAAGCCACUUGGCAUCGUCUGGAUCUUCACAGCGGCCCCACGACGCGUCGUCGCCGCUCUCUCUCCCGCCUGCCCCGCCGCAUCUCCCGCUCGCCUCUCUCGCAGAGUCUCGCGUAGCUGGCGCGUCCCAGCCAUCGCCGCUGGUUCGGCCCGAGCCUGGCACUCCAAUGUUUCCCUUCGGUCCUUUCCAACCGCUACGGUGCUCAAGGGGAGAGGGCAUCGCUUCCCGUGAACCGCUCGCGGAAACCCCGUCUUCCGGGGGAGGGGUCGAGGCAUGCGCGGACCGGGGAGGUGCAAGGGUGAGCCCGCUCGAGUCGGGGUUGCCCGCGUCGCAGCUGCAGCUUGUUCUAGUUGCGGGGGAUGCGACCGCCCUUCCGCCUCCGGUAGAGGAACCUUCCGCGUGGCCCUGGACGUGGCAGGAGCGCCUCCGCGCAGUCAAGCGCCGGCGGAUGGACGCGCGGGAAUGCGAGGAAGCGGCGCACGGGGAAGCUGGGGGGACUGGCGAAGCGCAAGAUUGGGGGAAGUUAGAGGCGGAAGCGGCGGAGGAGAGGCGGCGGAAGCAGCGGCUGGGCAUUUUGAGCGGGAUGCGUCAGAUGCUGGACAGCCCUGGUUUCGCGGCUGCCCGCGGGCAGAAGAAGAGAAGAUUUAUCGUCCGUCAAGGAGGCUUGAGGCACCGCCUGCCGACAAUGCGAGGCGCCUCGAGUGCGAGCGGAAGCGCCGACCAAUCGAGCGAGCACACCAACUCCGAGGGGCACGCGGCGGAUGCCGCCAGGGAGGCGGAAAAUGCGCGCGCGGCUGCUGAUGUCGCAACAACACCCGCAGCGCACGACGCGGCGCAACUAGCCGUUGGUGGUCAUGUGGGCGCGGCUACCGGGGUAGACGCAAACGGUGCGGCGCCGCAUCACGCGCUGGAGCUGGGGUCCAGCGUUGCGACGGUGCGCAGAGGCGGAAGCUCGUCGGGAAGAAACGGCAGAAGGAAUGGGGGCGGCGGACGGUGCGGAGAGUACGAGGUGGAGUCGACGCAGUGCGCGGCGGAAAAGGCGGAAGAGCUGUCGGGGUUGGCGGAGCGCGGGGAGGCAGCGCAUCCAAUCUCGUCGCCCUGUUCGGAUCCGGACGAGACGGAGCGAGCGGGGGAGAAGCGGAAGGCGAACGAGGCGCAGACUGCAGCGGACGGCGCUGCCGGCCGCGCCCACGUGCGGCGUUGCCAUGGCCUUCCCAGCCGCCUGGGAGGACCCGCUGCUCCGCCAACCGCUGCUGCUCCUGUCGCUCCUCCCGCGCAGUCGCGCCAUGGCAUUGCGCCGCCUGCACUCCCCCGCGCACUCCCUAGCGCACCCAACGCCGCUCUCGCUUUCCCUCUCCUCUUUUCAGACGCUCCCCACCGUUCCCGACCCCCUCUGCCAUGCCGAAUCAACCCACGGCUGGCCGAGCCUGUGCAGGCUCGGCAGACCGGACAUCCCCUGCAGGCAUGCGCGGGGGCGGGCGAGGAGGGGCGUGCAUCGGAGUGCACGGGGGAAACACCGGGGUCCAUGCUGGAGGCGCCGGAGGUGCAGCCUGAGAUGGAAGGCAGCGGGAGCGGUGGCAGUGGUAGCAGUGGGGAGGGCAGUGGUGACGAGGAGGAGGAGGCAGAGAGCAGGGGGGGGCAGUGA